GUCUAAUUGAUCAUGGUUUAUUAGGGUUUUCACUGGUCAAAAUCAAGAAAAUUCAACUUCCAUGUCUCGUGAAAGUCUGGUGGCUUAGCAGAGUAAAGCUUUGCUUUUGCUUUUAUGGAAGCUUGGUUCAUCUUGCUCAUCACCAUCUCAAUCUCUGUCCUCACAAAGAUUCUCUUCAAUCUUCUCUUUUCAACCAAGAUCUCCAGCCACAAGCUCCCUCCUGGCCCUCCCAAAUUUCCCGUCAUCGGCAGCUUACUCUGGCUCACCACUUCUCUCUACGAUCUCCACCUUGCUAUCAGCUCUCUCCACUCCAAAUUCGGUCCAAUUCUCACUCUCCACAUCGGCUCUCUUCCAGCCGUCUUCGUCGCCGACCGCCGUCUCGCCCACCAAGCCUUAGUCCAAAACGGUGCCGUCUUCGCUGAUCGCCCUCCUGCACGUGGAAUCGAAAAGAUAAACACCAGCAAUCAGCGCACUAUCAGUUCUGCUUCCUAUGGAUCGACAUGGCGCUUCCUACGGAGAAACCUCGCCUCGGAAAUCCUCCACCCUUUGCGGGUCAAGUCCUACUCACAUUCUCGUAAAUGGGUUCUGCAAUUACUUAAAGAUCGUCUUGAAUCUGAGUUCAGAGGCAGCGGAAGGAUCUGUGUAAUGAACCAUCUUCAACAUGCCAUGUUCUGCUUGUUAGCCGUCAUGUGUCUCGGCGACAAGGUUGGUGAAGAUGACAUUGAGAAGAUUGAGGUCGCCCAUCGUCGAUUUCUUUCCAAUUUUGUGGGAUUCAAUAUUUUCAGCUUCUGCCCAAGUGUGACAAUGGUUGUGUUUAGAAAUAUAUGGAAAAAAUACUUGCAAAUUCGCCAAGAUCAAGAAAACACAUUGAUUCCUCUAAUAAGAGCAAGAAAAGAGUUGAAGGAAGAGGGAUUGAGCAAGAUUAAAGAGGGAGAGUUUGUGCUGUGCUAUGUUGAUUCCUUAAUCGAUUUGCAACUUCCAGUGGAGAAAAGGAAGCUGGAAGAAGGUGAAAUUGUUAGUUUAUGCUCAGAAUUUCUCAGCGGAGGCGCAGAGACUACCACUACAGCUCUGCAAUGGAUCAUGGCGAAUUUGGUAAAGUACCCACAAAUCCAAGAGAAGCUAUUCAGGAAAAUCAAAGAAGUUGUAGGAGAAGGAGAAGAAUUGAUCAAAGAAGAAGAUUUGCAAAAGAUGCCAUAUUUAAAAGCUGUGAUUUUGGAAGGACUACGACGGCAUCCACCAGCACACAUGGUGGUUCCACAUGUGGUGACUGAAGAUACAGUGAUUGACAAGUACCUGGUGCCAAAGAAUGGGACAAUAAACUUCAUGGUAGCAGAGAUGGGGAGGGAUCCAAAGGUGUGGGAGGAUCCGAUGGAAUUUAAACCAGAGAGGUUCAUGAGCUGUGAUGGAGAAAUGGUGGAUGUAACAGGUGUCAAAGAGAUAAAGAUGAUGCCAUUUGGAUCAGGAAGGAGGAUUUGUCCUGGGUAUAGUUUGGCAAUGUUUCACCUGGAGUAUUUUGUGGCGAAUUUGGUGUGGAGUUAUGAAUGGAAGAAAUUGAAAGGAGACGAAGUAGAUCUGUCGGAGCAGCUGGAGUUUUCAGUGGGGAUGCAGUAUCCAUUGCAGGCUUGUAUAUCUCCCAGGUCUAUACAAAUGUCAACUACAAGCUCUGUUCCUGAUGGAUUUAUAUUUAAUAAACUCCACUUAUCUUGAAUUCUAAAA